GUUCGGCGGUCAUGUGUUCGUUGAUUUUCGUCACCAUUCGUCAUAGGGAGUGUCUGGCGAUGUAGCGUCGCAUUUGUGAUUCAAUGCUUGUGCUUUUAUUUAACACCUUUUUUUACAUUUUAUUUCUCUUCAGAAAGCUUUAGUCGUAUAAGAUUCGUUUAAGUAAAUACCGAUUUUUGAUAUCGCGUCUACAAUGAAGGCCUAGUCCAAGUUCUUAUAUGAUAGAAUAUGUGAACAAGACUAUAAGUUAUACGGCAACGUGAUCGUUUUCAGGGAGUGUCUCUGAGAGCUUUGUCAGUUUUGUUGCAUUUCCAAGUUACAAUCUAAUGUUGUAAUUUUCAAUUAGGAAUAAGAAUAAUAAUCUUGAAACUACAAAGUUCAUUAUAAUAUGUUUGUAAUAUAAUUACAAGAUGUCCAGAACGAUGUCUUGUUUAUUAACCACCGUGGUGUUCUUACUGAUCUUUUCACUAUCUACAUUUGCACAAAACAUUCUAUACGGGGAACAAGCUUAUGAAUGUCCCCAGCAUUGGAUACGUUUCCAAGAGUCAUGCUAUCGUUUUAUCAAAAGUCCAUUAAGACCGCGAGAAGAUGCACGCCGGAAUUGUCAAGCGUUCCAAAGUGAUUUGCUUGCCAUUAAUUCAAUGGAAGAGCAUGGAUUUUUGCUUUAUCAAUUGUUGUGGCAAGAUCCACAGCAUCGCAGAUGGUAUACUGGAGUAAAACUCCAGAGUGGUUUAUGGAUAAACGAAGCAGAUAGUACGACAUUAAUAAACAUGGACAAUGCCUUUCUACCUGAACCCAAUGACAAUAUCUUUGGACGAGAUUAUUUAGCAUACUCGUUUUCGAACAAUCUUCAACGUUGGGGAUUAGAGAAGGUCACUGGCAGGGAGGAGCUGUUGUACAUCUGUGAAGCUCCUAUUGCAACUCUUCAUAACUUAGUGGAGGACGACCGUACUUAUCAGUAUGGAAUCGACAUCGAUAACCCUCUUCAAAUACCAAGAGGGCCAUAUUUCAUAAAGCAACCUACAAGCAAAGUAUUUGACGUAUCAAAGAGAAGAAUAAGCAAUGAUGUUUCACUAAGCUGUUUGGCAGGUGGCUAUCCCACCCCUACUUAUGAAUGGUUCAAGGAAGAUUAUGAAAACGAUCGACUUAUUGCAACAAAAAUAGAUCCUCUCUCAAAUAGUAGAUAUACUGUGAGUGGUGGAACACUGAUUAUCUAUGAACCAGAACAGACAGAAGAUCGUGGCUCAUAUCAUUGUAAGGCAACUAACAAGUUUGGCACAAUUAUCUCUGAGAGCGUCGAACUAUCAUUUGGCUACAUUUUAGAGUUCAAUUUGAAACGUUCCGAAGAACGUGGAGAUAAUCAUUGGGGCAAAGCAGUUUACUGUGAUCCUCCACAACAUUUUCCAGGUGUUAAAUACUAUUGGGCACGCGAUUACUUUCCCAAUUUUGUAGAAGAGGAUAAACGUGUAUUUGUUUCUCAUGAUGGAGCGCUUUAUUUUUCUGCAUUAGAAACGAUUGAUCGAGGAAACUAUUCAUGUAAUGUUCAAAGUGUUGCAUCCGAUAAUGGUCGUAAUGGACCAUUCUUUCCAUUAAGGGUGGAUAUGCACUCUUCUUUCCAGCAAUUGAAGUUUCCUAAUAAUUUUCCAAAAGCAUUUCCGGAAGCACCAGUAGCUGGAGAAGAAGUUAGACUAGAAUGCAUUGCAUUCGGAUAUCCUGUUCCCUCAUAUAAUUGGACUAGAAGAGGUUCUGUUUUGCCGCGUGGAGUAUACACGACAAAUUAUAAUCGGGUAUUGAUAAUACCCCGUGUACGUGUGGAGGAUCAAGGAGAAUAUGUUUGUCGAGUGCAUAACGACAGGCUAUCCAUUGAAAAUUCCGUGCGAUUGACUAUACAGGCGGCACCUAAUUUUACCAUUCCAUUGGUCGACAAACACAUGGAUAAUCGAGCGGAUUUAACCUGGACCUGUGAGGCAUUUGGUAUACCAGAUGUUACCUAUAGUUGGUUUAGAAACGGAGAACUCUUGGACAUGUAUACUUUACCGCCUGAAGAUAGAGAUCGUUAUACUAUACAAGAUAAUGUAUUAAAUAUACGAUAUUUGGAUCCCGAAAGGGAUCAAGCUAUGUAUCAAUGUCGCGCGAGGAAUCAGUUGAAAACAUCAUACUCGUCGGCUCAACUUAGAGUCUUAUCGUUAAAACCUUCUUUUAAGAAACGACCUAUGGAAUCUGAAACAUAUGCAGCGGAAGGAGGUAACGUCACGAUUGUGUGCAAACCCGAAGCUGCACCUAGACCUAAAUUUGUUUGGAAAAAAGAUGGAAACGUGAUCGGAUCGGGCGGUAGGCGAAGAAUUUUGGAAACUGGAAAUCUUAUUAUCAGUCCGGUAUCACGAGACGAUGAGGGAACGUAUGUGUGCACAGCGACAAAUCAGUACGGCAGCGAUGAAACUCGUGGACGACUGAUUGUACUACGUGGACCACAAUUUAUUCAAAGACUGCCGCCAUUGUUAGUUUUAAACUACAAUUAUAAUCUGACAUUGCGCUGUUUGGCUCAAACAGACGAAAUGUUGGACGUAGCGUAUGUUUGGAUGCAUAACGGUAUGCGUAUCCGUAAUAAGGACAUGCAGAAUAAUCCGCGAUUGCAUGUCGGUGGCGAGUAUCUGGAUAUUAUAAAUGCCACAUUUACUGAAGCUGGUGAUUAUGAAUGUAUCUUGAGAAGCGCUGUUGGCGAAAUAUCGAGUAAACUUGCUCUAAUUGUGCAAGGACCACCGGGACCACCUGGUGGAGUACAGGUUGUAAAUAUCAUCAAAACUUCAGCCACGUUACGAUGGACUGAUGGUGCCUUGCAUGGCAAACCAAUAACUAUGUACACAAUAAGUGCGCGAACAAAUUGGAAUCGUACAUGGUUUCCUCUUGUAGAAAAUAUUACGGCUAUCGAAAUGGACAGAUAUAAUGGUCGAAAAGAGGCAUAUCUGGAGAAUGUUUUGAAUCCUCAUUCCACAUAUGAGUUCCGUGUGCAUGCCUUUAAUGAAUUUGGUUAUGGCCCACCAUCAACUCCUUCACCUCAAUACAGCACUCCGUCCGAUAAACCUACGAAAGCACCGUCGAAUAUUAGCGGUGGUGGAGGAAAGAUUGGUGAUCUCACGAUCACAUGGGAUCCUCUCAGUCCAUCUAAUCAGAAUGGUCCUGGAAUCUAUUAUAAGAUAUUCUGGCGUCGCAAGGGAUACGAUACGGAGUUUCAAUCGUUGUCCUUGAAGGAAUAUGGCAAUGUCGGUAGCAGUGUUGUGUCAAUUCAACCAAAGUAUUACUACACAGAAUAUGAAGUAAAAGUACAAGCGAUUAAUGCGAUGGGCGAGGGCCCUAUAUCCGAAAUCGAGACGGUAUACAGCGCGGAGGACAUGCCACAAGUUGCGCCGCAACAAGUGUUUGCCAUGAGUUAUAAUAGCACUAGUUUGAAUGUCAGCUGGCUACCGAUCGAACAGACUCGAGAGCGAGUACGAGGCAAGCUAAUCGGCCACAGAAUCAAAUAUUGGAAAGAAAGUAUUCGCGAAGAAGAUGCUACUUAUUAUUUAUCACGCACCGUUCGUCCUUGGUCGCUUGUUGUUGGAUUACAACCAGAUACAUAUUAUUAUGUAAAGGUAAUGGCUUAUAAUACCGCUGGAGAAGGUCCAGAAAGCGAACGAUACUUAGAACGAACUUAUCGCAAGGCACCACAAAAACCGCCAUCAUCAGUAAACGUAUACGGUGUAAAUCCGUCAACAGUGAGGGUUGUCUGGCGUUACGUGCAACCAAGUUUAGAGGAAGAGCCGCUGAUCGGAUACAAGAUACGAGUGUGGGAAGUCGAUCAAGAUAUGAGCACGGCGAAUGACACGAUUAUACCAGGUGGUUCCAAGUUGGAAGCUGACAUCAAGAACUUGAGUCCAGGCAAGGCGUAUCACCUAAGAGUGCUUGCAUUCAGCAACGGUGGCGACGGCCGGAUGUCGAGUCCUACUCAUACAUUCCAGAUGGGCGACGCUGCAGCUUUCAGGAGCAGUGCUGGUAACAAGAUCUUGGACGCCGCUUUAGGCAUAAUUUUUUUAUUGUUUUUGCGAGUCAAUUAUGUAUAGUGUAAAAUAACUCCUAGUAAGGCUAUUUACGACUAUAAGAAACAAGAAAGCUAAAACAAGCUUGAACAAAGCUUGAACAAGAAAGCUAAAAGAAAGCUAAUGUUUAACGGAGACUAAACAAAUAUUAAAUAAGGUUUAAUGAGAUAUUAUAAGGCCUUUUUUUAUGAUGAGAAAAUGAAAUAAUUUUUUCAUUUUAUAAUCUGUCAAAUUGAUCUUUGACGGGCUAAAAUUAAUAUUGUUACGUCAAUAGUGCUACUUAAUGAUGUAGACAGCUUUUGUUUUCAGUAUUUUAACAAUGGCAUUUCAUUUAAGUACUUCCACAAUUAUUUUUUAAGAAAAAUUAUGAUAUUGUAAGGAGACUGAAACCAAUCUCAUUUGACUCAAAUAUGUUCAGCAGAAUAAUCACAAGUUUAGUAUACCUUUAUUUUAUAAUAAAAGCAUUAUAUUUAAUGUAAUAUACAUUUUUUUAUUCAUUUUAAAAUUCACGAGAAAUAUAUUAUCUAUAUGUUUAUAUGGUCUAUAUACUCUAUAUUUAGCAAAUCAAAAACCAUAUAGACUUGAUAAUCUGGUUCCAUGCAAAAGAAUUUUAUUUGGCUUAUAACUAUAUUCAUGACCAAUUUAGAGGACUUUCGCCCUUUCACCCGCUAUAUUGACACGGCCAUAUUGGAUUUGGCUAAGGCGCUAAUUAGCAUCCGAAAGGCCAUGCUCUCACAAAAAUUUUAAGCUCUCAAACACUCGAUUUGAUUGCGUCAAUUUUUAAGCAGGUGGAGUCCAGUUGACGUCCAAUAUAUAUAAUUUCAAAUAUUAGAGGCCUGUUUUUUAUUUGUAAAAGUGUCAAGUCUCUUCUAGAAUAAUAUUCUACCUCAUUCCACGGUACAUUUUUGAGAUAAGCAAAGUAAUUUGGAAUACAGUAUUUGAAAUAAGUAUCAAUAUUUACAAAUACAAAUUUUAGACAUUUGAACAUCUAAAAAUAAUUUUAAAAUACAGAUUUUUUAUUUAAAUUUUUGUGCAGAUUACACCGUCUGACAAAACUGGACUUUUUUUCUGCAACAUAAGUAUGAAUAGUCACUUCCAAUAUAUUUUUGCCUGGCUACUACAUCGUGUUCUUGAAAAAAAAAGUAUAUCAAGAUAUUAACCUUUAGUUUUAAAAUAUAUUUUUAGUUUGUUCCAAUGUGAUUUAUUGUUUUAAAGAUUUAGCUUUGAAAAUACUUCUUUUCCCAUAUAUAAUGCACACUGUUAACAAAAUUUAACUAUUGUAAAUGUUUAUUUUUGACUGCUAUUUUUGUUUGUUAACACGAAUUCAUUAUUAAAGGGAGGAUGGGAAAAAGUGGUAAAUUUUCGCCCCUAGUCGGCAAGUGAAAUCGAUAUAUUUUCUUAUAGUUUUUUGGUUGUAGAAUAACAUGGUGAUAUUUUUUGUGUGAAAAUACGACAAAAAGGCCUAAAGCAGAAAUAAAAGUAUGAAUAUUGUUAAGAAUCUAAUUCUAUUGAUAUAUUUUCUCUGUUUUAGGCCUUCUUGCAUUUUUAGACAAAAAAAUAUCACCAAACUAUAAGAAAACACAUUGAUUUCAUUUGCAGGCUAGGGGCAAAAAUCGACCACUUUUUCCUAUCUUUCUUUGACUAUUACGUCACUUUUUUUAAGUAAAAGAAAAAUGAUGAAAAUUAUCUAACCAUAGGCGAUGAAAUGAGAUGAGAUAAAACUAAAUUUGUCAACUUUUAAGGGAAUCCUAAAGUCCUCUGUUUCACCGAUGUUUUUUUAUUAAACUAAUCUUUUAAUUGGCUUUAUAGAAUUGCAAAACUCCUUUACAUAAUUAAAGUACGCACCAAAAUCUAGAGGAAUACGGUUGAUUUAAUAUCAAAAACAAAAAAAAAUUCAUUUUGAGUAUGUAGAGCUGUUACUUAAUGACAAUAUUUGCUUAGUAUACAAAAUCUACGAUAUAUAUGUACAAAAUGAAAGCGUAUUUCCUUAGGGAUAACAUAUACGAACAAUAUCGUGCAAUUCAAAUUAAGAUUAAAAGUCAAGAAAAAAAGAUUAGUUUUAUGAACUUUUUAUAACUGCAAAUCUAGAUAUGGGAAAAAGAGCAGUCUGAAAAACAUUUUGUUUAUUCUUGGUAUAAAUCCAGUUCAUAUGAAGAUAUCAAUACGUAUACUUUAAUUCUGAAAAAGUCACCUCAAACUUCUUGAAAUAUCUGAAUCCUUUUCAUCAACAAUAAAUUAAUAAUUAAGUAGUGCAUUUUCUUUAUUCUUUUAACAUUUUGAGUGGCGCAUUAUUGUUUGAGAUCUACUUCUUUUCUUAAUAUUUAGAGGUUUUUGGGGUCAAUGAUUACGAAUCUGAAGUCAGAUUUUUAAAAUUCAAGAUGGCGAAUCCAAUAUGGCGGCCAUAAAUUUCAAAAAUUUAAUUUAAGCGAGCAAAACUUCUUUUUACAACAUUUCUCAAAGGGAAAUCCUUCAUGUACAAAUUUAUUUAGCCAGUCCACUUUUUAUUUGUACCUAAAAAUUUGAAAUAUUAUUUAAUUAAAUCACGAACUGUUUAAAUUAAAAUCGACAUUUUAGUGAUUAUGCGUUUUAUAUGUGCUCACAUUCAGCUUUUAUUAUAAUUAUUAUUUUAAAUUAUACUUUUAUUUAAUAUUAUAUCUAAUUAAAAUAGUUUCUCAUAAAUAUUUCAGGAUUUUUAAGUGCAAUUUUUGUUAAUUGCUUAUCAACGCUUUAAUUCAUUCUUUGCAGUAUUUUCCAAUGAUUCUUCCUUAAUAGAUUCAUAAAUGGGCGUAAUUUUCGUUGAUUGUUCAUUAAUACCUGAAAAUCUGUCUUGCAAUUCCAAAAAAUGUUUAAAAUUUUAUUUUGUACUUUAAAAAAAACUAAUUAAUUAUUUCUCUCGCCUUCUUAUUUCUUAUGUGAUUCUAGACAUAUCUUUAAAUUAUAGUUUAUUUCAUAAGCUAAAAUUAAUAUUUUUAAACAAUUUUUAUAUCUGCAAUUAGAUUACGUUUCAUCUUUUACAACUUUGUUAAGAUGCUAUUCUUUAUAUUUAAAUUUUUCAAUGUUUAUUGAGAAUUAAUCAACAGUUUUUGUUGACGCCUAAAAUAAACUUGCAUCAAUUACAAUCAUUAAAAAUUUUGAAACUUUAUCCUUAUUAUAUUUUUCUUCGAAUUCUCUCAGUCCGUUUGUUAUAUCGCAUGAUUUAGAAUAGAAUUUGUGAUAGGAAUUUUUUUUUACUACUUGGUAAAUGGGAAUAAAAAUUUUCAAAUAGUUAAUAGAGCAAAGUUUGCAAAUGCAAAGAUUAUGAUGUGAUAGCAAAAUUUUGACAAAUUUCAACAGGAAAAAGUAAGAAAUGACUAUUCAUAUUGAUAUUGUAACUGGUAAUAGAGUUAAAUCUAUAAUUUAUGAAAAAUAUAUAGACAUGUUCACUUUUUUCUCUUUCUUUACAAUGUACAAAAGUGUAUUAUACAAGCAGUUUACUUAUAUUAAAAAUAAGAGCACAUUGAUAACAAACAAUAAUUAUUUAGUACAGGGGGGUCACCUUAGAUUGCCUUAAUCGUAAUAUAUCAAGAUCACGAUUCUGUGACCUUCAAGAAGUAUUAGUCGUCAUUAAUCGUUAAAAAGUUAAUAACAAAAAAUGUUUCAUAAACGGAAUAAAAUUUUUGUCAUUUGAACCUCAUUUGAGGAUUCCGCUUCGCAUUGUAUGAAAGUUAAUGGGGAAUGGACAUCGUGUACUUUGCGUGGAAGGUCUAAAACCCAUGUGAAACAAAAUACUCGUUUCGGACUGUAAACACAAGAAUCUCUAUUACUUCAUGUAGAAAAAACACGAAGUAUAUAAUUAUUGUUUUACUGUAGGUUUUUGACUUUCCACGCGAAGUGAAGUUCAUCUCACAUUCUCUUAUAUUUAAGAUACUAACAUUCUGAGACGAGGUCCAUAAUUGUUCUGUUUUAAAUGAGUUUUCGAUUUUAUAGUUGUAUGUAUGCUAUUUGUCUUUUUCCUAUUAUUUUGUAUGCAAAAGGUAAAAUAAACUUAUAAAUCUUAUUUCAUACUGUAAGCAUGGGGAAUGUGGGAUAAACACUUUGCGUGAAAAAAUCGAAAGCCCAUUGGAACAUUUUUUUUGUUAGUAACUUUUUAAUAAAUAAUGGAGCGAUGGUUAACUUAUUCAGGGUCAUGACCUUGAUAAUAUAUGUCAAAAUUUAAACAAUCAGAGAUGGCUUCUCUAUAAUAAAUAAUUACCAAAAUAUUUAUUCAACAUUAAUAAACGUAUGUUAAUAUACUAUAAUUUACUAAUAACACUAAAGAAUUAAUAACUAACAAUAACCAAAAUAUAACGUGCUAAUGUAAACAGCACCGUCAUUUUCCGUCCAUAUAUACAGUAGGAAGUAAUGAACACUCGGCUAACUUUGACAAUAUGCGAAUAUUUGUUAAUCUGUUGAAUUAUUCUAAUACUGUUAAUUAUUAAAAUUUUAGUUAAUAUUGAAUUAUAUACUAAUGUAGCUAUAUAUUAAUAUAAUUAUAUCGAUACAGUUUGCAAAAUUGCAUUUAUAUAUAUUUUAUAUUAAUUAUUUUCUAAUAUAUAAAUUUAUGUAUGUAUAUAUUUUUCAUUGGAACAUUUUUCUUUUUUAUUUACUCUAAAAAAUCUGUCAAGAAAGAUAUGAUGGUAUUAGAAUACUUCAAAGAUGUUAUACGAAAAAAGUUUAUAUAAACUAUAAUAGUGUUCACCAAGUGUUGACCUACAAGAUAUAAAAUAAAUAUCAUAUUUUAGUUUUGAGUAUUAUCUAUAUUUAAGAAAUAUCUAUAUUUUGAUGCUUUUUUAAUAUUAGUAUACAACGAAAUUUCAUAACUAUACUCAUUAUUUAUAUUAUGUUUAAAUACCAAAUAGUUUAUAUAUGUAUAAUGCAAGUAAUGAGAAUGAUGAAAUCGCUCUAAUUAUCUGUUAUUGAAUACCGAUAUUACCUGCUUAAUUAGUAACAGUAAACACAGUAGGAAUAUCAAUUUCUUCAAUUUUGUAUUUUCUUUUUUAUGCAUUCUUGUGCAUACAUUAUGCAUUGCAUUGCAAAAAUAUAAACACACACGCACAUGCGCGCGCGUCGUAUACAAUAAAUUUUGUACGAUUGUAACAUUGUUUUUUGCCUUUUGUAUCAGUUUUGUAUAAUAUACUUAUAUAUUUCUUAUAUA